AUGCUUCUACCCAAGUUUCCCCAUCAUUGGUCAGAACUCUCAGCCCAGGCAAAGGGCCUUUUGACCCCGAACGAAGACAAGAAGAAGAAGCUCCAAAAGCCGAUCCAGGAGGACGACUCUGAAGCCCAUCAAGUCUUCCGCGCCGCACACCACCAUUCUUCCUCAAUCAAGCGCAACGCCAGCAAGAAGAAAUCCUCCGUCCAGGCUGAGAAAAAGGCCCAGAAAGCCGCCAGCUCAUCCGCUGAUAAAAUCAUCAGAUCCGCCGUCACCUCCCCCACUCCUUCCGAGCCAGAGGAUGAUGACAUGCUCCCCGGAAUCAGCUCUCCCGGCUCGACCGGUGUUAUCUUUGUCAUGGAUCGAGCCAUGGCCAAUGGCUUUACUUACGACGAUCCUGACUGGGCAAAUUUCGGACAAGGUGCCCCCGAAGUAGGUGAUAUUCCGGGCGCUAGCCACAAACCAGCCGUUAUUGAUGUUGCAGCGAUGGGCGAAGAUGUUCAUGAAUAUGCGCCCACCACUGGAGUGAAAGCCCUUCGAGCAGCCGUGGCUGACCUUUACAAUAAAACCUAUCGAAAGGGGAUGGACUCCCAAUACACCUUUGAGAAUGUCUGUAUCGUCCCUGGAGGUCGAUCAGGCUUGACCAGAGUCGCAAGUGUUGUAGGCGAAGUUUACGUGGGCUACCAGUUACCAGAGUAUACGGCAUACGAUCAGAUGUUGUCGGUCUUCCGACGACUCGUCCCGAUCCCAUCAGCCCUCUCAGCCGAAGACAACUACAAGCUUCACAUCGAUAAACUCAAGGAGAACAUCAACCAAAUGGGCCUCUCCGUCCUCUUUGCGUCCAACCCACGGAACCCCACCGGCCAGGCCGUCGAAGGCUCCGAACUUGAAGAACUCGUCCAAGUUAGCAGGAACGGCCAAACCGUCGUCUUGGACGAGUUUUACAGUUGGUAUAACCUCGAUGGCCAACUUGGAGAAAGCCUAUCGGCUGCCAGAUACGUCGAAGAUGUCAAUAAGGAUGCCCUUGUAAUCAUCGACGGAUUGACCAAAAAUUGGCGGUGUCCAGGUUGGCGAGUAUGUUGGGUCAUAGGGCCUAAGCCGUUGAUUGGAGCUCUAUCACAGAGUGGAAGUUUCCUGGAUGGCGGGGCUAGUCACAUCAUGCAAAUGGCAGCUAUCCCAUUGCUCGAGUUCGACAGGGUCGAGAAAGAUAAGCUGGCUCUCCAGAAACAUUUCAGGAUGAAGAGAGAUCGCGUCUUGGAGCGAUUGGAACAAAUGGGUCUCAAAGUUAAGAUCCCGCCAAAAUGGACGUUCUACACUGACCAGCAAACUCGGUAUACUUCAUCUAGCUUGUCAGAUCUACCUCCACCCUUAAACAGUGGAUUGGUAUUUUUCGAAGAACUCUUAAAACAAAAAGUGAUUGUUGUUCCCGGAAUAUUCUUCGAUAUAAACCCCUCUCAUCGCAGAAAUUUGUUCUGCUCCCCGUGCCAUCACUUUGUCAGACUGUCUUUUGGUCCCCCGUUACCUCAAUUAGAAAAAGGUUUAGAUGGGAUUGAACAAGUCUUGAAGAAAGCUUAUGAUCACCUGACGAAUGAUGGUCAUCUACUCGAGAUGGGUCGCAACCUGGCCCCCCAAUUGAAUCGCAGACUCUCUAUUGCUGCCGUGCACGGUGUGGCUGACUCCAGCAAACUCACUUCCCCUCGCACUUAA